ACGAGGCAAACACCGUCCUCGUCACCGAGUUGCUACGGUCCAGCAUGCAUGACUUCCACGACUUCACACCCGAGACGGUGGUACGAGGCCCACACCGACACUCAUUAAUCAGGCCUCCUCCAUGCAUGGAUACAAAACGCCAUUUUCGUUCCUCUAGCUAGACCUCUAUAUAACCGAGGAAGGUAUAGCCCGAAAUCCACACAGCAGUCUUCCACCGGCACAGUAAUAAAAUUCACCUGCCCUCUCUUUCCUCGUGGGGACUGCAUCGAUCAUGGCCAAGAACUACGGCGGAGUGUACAACAUCCACGGCUGGGGCGACCCCUACUUCGCCGUCAACACGCACGGCCACCUCUGCGUCCGCCCCCACGGCCGCCAAACCUCACCGGGCCAGGAGAUCGACCUGCUCUCCGUCAUCCAGCAAGCCGCAGCGACGACGACCACCGAAGAUCACGACGGCAAGGAGAGGAAGCUCCAGUUCCCCAUGAUCCUCCGCUUCCCCGACGUGCUCCGGCACCGGCUCGACUCGCUGCACUCCGCGUUCGCGGCCGCCAUCGAGCACACCGGCUACCGCUCCGUCUACCAGGGCGUGUUCCCGGUCAAGGUGAACCAGAACAAGGCCGUCGUGCAGGACAUGGUCCGCUUCGGCCACGAGUACGGCUACGGGCUCGAGGCCGGGUCCAAGCCGGAGCUGCUCAUCGCCAUGAGCUGCCUCACCAGGGGCAGAGCCAAGCCUGGCGCCUACCUGGUGUGCAACGGAUACAAGGACAAGGACUACGUCGCGCUCGCCCUGGCGGCGCGCGCCAUGGGCCUCAACGUCAUCAUCGUGCUGGAGAUGGAGGAGGAGCUCGACAUCGUCGUCGAGCAGAGCCGCAGGCUCGGCAUCGAGCCGGCCAUUGGUGUUCGUGCCAAGCUGCUAACCAAGUUACCGGGCCAUUUCGGGUCCACGGCCGGCAAGCACGGCAAGUUCGGGCUCCUGGCCGAGAGGAUCUACGAGGUGGCCCGGAAGCUCAGGGGCAUGGGCAAGCUGCAUUGGCUCAAGCUGCUGCACUUCCACGUCGGCUCCAUGAUCCCGUCCACGGACAUCGUCUUCAAGGCGGCCUGCGAGGCCGCCGGGAUCUACUGCGCGCUCGUGAACGAUUGUGGCGCGGAGGCGAUGACCACGCUGGACUGCGGCGGUGGGCUCGGCGUCGACUACGACGGGACAAGAUCGGGCAGCUCCGACAUGUCGGUGGCGUAUGGGCUGGAGGAGUACGCGUCCAGCAUCGUGCAGGCGGUGCGGCUCAAGUGUGACGACAACGGCGUUCCCCACCCCGUGCUCUGCACCGAGAGCGGCCGCGCCAUGGCGUCACACCACUCCAUGAUCAUCCUCGAGGCGCUCUCCGCGAUCGCCGAGCCCAAAGACGACGGCGACAUCACAGAGCAGCUGCACGCCAAGAUCCAUGAGCUGGCCUCGAAGCAGCAGCCGAGGGCGCUAUUGAAUUUGAAGGGUGACGCGGCGGCGGGCAUGUCCACGUCCCAUGCCUUGGACAUCAAGAAGCACGGCAUCGAGAUGUACAAGCUGGGCAAGAAGCUCGCCAAGAGCGUCAUGGCUGACGCCGCCACCAUCUACAACUACCACAUGAACCUGUCCGUCUUCUCGCUGGUGCCCGACUUCUGGGGCAUCCAGCAGUUGUUCCCGAUGAUGCCGGUGAGCCGGCUCCACGAGAGGCCGACCCGCAUGGCCACACUCGUCGACCUCACCUGCGACAGCGACGGGAAGAUCGAGAAGUUCAUCGGCGGGGCAGAGACGCUGCCGCUGCACCCGCUGGACACCGUGUCUAGCCCUGGCGGCGGCGGAUACUACGUGGCCGUGCUCCUGUCCGGAGCGUACCAGGAGGCCCUGUCCAGCAAGCACAACCUGUUCGGCGGCCCCAGUCUCGUGCGCGUGCUUGGCGGUGACGACGGCGAGUUCAUACUCGACACGGUUGACCUGGGCCCGACCACGGAGGAGCUCAUCGGCACCAUGAGGUACGACAUCAAGAAGGACAUCGGCGGGGUGAUCGAGGAGCGAGCGAGGGAGAAGCAGGUGUGGGAAAUGGUGGGGACGCUCGUGGAGAACGCGCUCAACACCAUGCCGUACCUCGUCGAUUAUCAGCCCCCACCAACCGCUAGUUAAAAUUGGUGCUUGCUAAAUACAAGCACGUGGUUGGUUGCAAUUAUAUAUGCGAUAUCCAGAAUAAAGUUUGCACACUAGCGGAAUAAAUUCUUGGAGAUUUCCUGAAAAUGCACAUCUACCUGUAUUACCGUAUACUAUAUAUCCUAUAUACUCCCUCCAUUCAGAAUAUAACGUCUAUCAAUCUUUGUGCAAGUCAAACUUGUGUAUGUUUGACCAAAAUUAUAGAAUAAAAUAUCAACCUCUACAAUACAAAAUAAAUAAA